AUGCAUCCUUGCCACAAGUCUAAGUUUGACCUCUCAGUUGUUCUUAAUCAUACCACCCCUACUGCCUGCUCACUUGUACCUCUUCUCCUCUCUCCUUGUUGCCGCAUUGCCCCUGCACGUGUUUGCCCUGGAAAUGACCCUUUCCGUAGCAUCCUCCGACCCCGCGACUGCUGUACCAUUAGCCGGAUUGCCUUCACGAGACCAUUCCUGGCCACAGUUUAUGGGCUCCUCCCUUGUUUCUGUGUCCAUCCGACUCUCCACUCUCCCCUACCCUCCAAGGCUUCCCUCCCAGACCCGCCUUCGGCCUUUUGUUUGUUCAUGACCGACUCAUCCGACGGUUCUAACCGGACAGCGUUUUAG